GGUCCGAAGAAAGAAUGGAUGCAGCAAAUUGCAGAUUUCCCAAACUGAGCGUUCAGUGGCUGUUGGCUGUCUUCAUAUAUCUGUUAACCUGGGGCUCCCCAGGAGUUCAUGGGUACUUCUUGAGGAGCUCCUCCAGGUGUAUGCUCAUUCCAAGAAGUAUGGCCUUGUGCUACGACAUUGGAUAUUCAGAGAUGCGCAUCCCCAACCUGCUGGAACAUGAGACUAUGGCAGAGGUGAUCCAGCAGUCUUCUAGUUGGCUGCCCUUGCUAGCCAGAGAGUGCCACCCAGAUGCCAGGAUCUUCCUCUGCUCACUCUUUGCACCUAUCUGCUUGGACAGGUUCAUCUACCCCUGCCGGAGACUGUGUGAAGCUGUUAGGAACAGCUGUGCUCCAAUCAUGGCUUGCUAUGGCUACCCAUGGCCUGAAAUCCUGAACUGCAACAAAUUCCCUGCAGAUCACAACUUAUGCAUUUCAACAAUCACUGAUGAAAGCACUUCGAGCAGGAGAACAGUGCCCCGAGCCAGCUGUAGGGACUGUGAGCUCGAGGAAGCCAGCACCGCCAAGGAGAUACUGGAAAACAUCUGUGCCAAUGAUUUCACUGUGAAAAUCAGAAUCUCCAGGAAGAACACGACCUCCACCAUCUCUGCUUUUGACCUGGACUCCAAGCUAGAGGUUUUGAAGCACGGCCCCCUCCUCUGGGUGGAAAUCCACCCAAAACUGCAGCACUGGCUGGACCUAGAUGCCACCUGUGUUCACAACAUCAUGAGAGGUACACACACAGGAGUCUAUGUCAUCAGUGGAGAGGUGCAGAAUGACAAGGUGGUUGUAAACAAGGCCUAUGCAUGGCACAAGAAGAACAGGAACCUGCAGCUGGCUGUGCGGCGAUGGAAACAUCACCGGUGCCGUGCAUAG